AUGUGCGAAGGCCCAUCCCGCAUUUCUGGGCCCAUCCCGCCGGACCCUACGCUCUGCCCAGACUACUACCGGCGUCCGGCCUCGGCCCUAGGGCGCCUAGAGGGAAACGCGCGAAAGCUAGACUUCCUAACCUCGGACCCGGUCCUGGACGCCAUUCCUCCCCGCGGCCCUCGCAUCAGUCCCGAAGCCAGAGAGAUCCUGGAACGUGGUCGGCGCGGCAUGGGAGCCAUGCUGCUGCAACUUGGGGGUAUCUCCCUAACCCCAAGGGCCUCUCCCAAGAGGAAGGACCCUAAAGAUCAUGAGAAGGAGAACCUGAGACGUAUCAAGGAAAUACAGAGGCGCUUCCGGGAGCAGGAGCGCAGCCGGGAGCAGGGCCAGUCCAGGCCCCUGAAGGCUCUGUGGCAUUCACCUAAAUAUGACAAGGUGGAGUCCCGGGUCAAGGCCCAGCUGCAGGAGGCUAGCCCUACUUCUGGGACAGAGCCAGCCCACUUCCUGAGGGCGCACUCUCGCUGUGGCCCUGGCCUCCCACCACCCCGUGCCUCUAGUCCCCAGCUAACCCCACCAGAUUCCAAUGAUAAGGGUCCAGGCCUGGGUGUGGACUUCAUUAGCCACAACGCCCGCACUGCCAAGAGGGCCCCCCGGAGGCAUUCCCGCUCACUGCAGGUCUUGGCACAGGUGCUGGAGCAUCAGCGGCAAGCCCAGGAGCACUACAAUGCCACACAGAAAGGCCACGUGCCCCAUUACUUGUUAGAGCGCAGGGAUCUGUGGCGGCAGGAGGCAGAAGCCCACCAGCAUAGCCAGUCAGACCCCGCCAUACCCCCUGGCCAUACUCGUAUGCCUGAGAACCAGCGGCUGGAGACACUGAGCUCUCUGCUUCAGAGCCAGAGCCAGCUGCUACGCGAGCUAGUGCUGCUGCCUGCCGGGGCUGACUCGCUGAGGGCCCAGGGCCACCGUGCUGAGCUGGACCGGAAGCUGGUGCAAGUAGAGGAGGCCAUCAAGAUCUUUUCCCGCCCCAAGGUCUUUGUGAAAAUGGAUGCCUGA